UGUGUUUCAGAUGUGAGAAUGGAGUCUCUGUAUGGACCUGUAGCUUUAGGUUUACUUGCAGGUGUAGGCUGUGGACUUUUCUUUGGGUGGCACCUCCGUGGACGUUUUGGCAAAGCUUCCCGAACCAUGAUGGCCGCUUUAGAAAACAGCAGUGCUGCUGGCAGCGAGUCCAGCGUAAUGGGAGACAGCGGGGAGUUCAAAAUGAUCCUGGUGGUCCGAACGGAUCUUAAAAUGGGAAAAGGCAAAGUGGCGGCUCAGUGCUCUCACGCCGCCGUGUCCGGAUACAAACAGGUCCAGCGCAGAAACCCAGAGCUCCUGAAACAGUGGGAGUACUGCGGGCAACCCAAAGUGGUGGUCAAGGCCCCGGAUGAGGACUGUCUGUUGGAGUUGUUGACCCACGCCAAAGCGGUCGGGCUGCCGGUCAGUUUGAUCCAAGAUGCCGGAAGAACCCAAAUCGCUCCAGGUUCUCGGACGGUUCUUGGUGUGGGACCUGGGCCAGCAGAUCUCAUCGACCAAGUUACAGGACACUUAAAACUAUAUUAAAUGAUACACUGAAUAAAGCAACUGUUGGACUAUAUGGCUAAGAUGAGGCUUAACGUUUACAGUUUUGGCCAGUCCUAGACAUUAUAGUUCUUUUUAUAUAAAAGGAAGAAAAUCAGAAAGAUGUGAAAUUAAAGGGUUAAAAUGAGACAGAGUUGAUUUAUAGUUUGACCAUUUAUUUUAAUUAAACAGUUCACCCAUUUCA